CAUCAUCGAAACGGACGGACGGGCGGGCGUGGCUGUGAGCGAGCACGUAGCGCCGUGGUGUUUGGGCCAGAAGAGCUGUCAAUAACCGAGAAGGCGCUGUGCGGGCGGGAGGCCAUUGUUUUUUAAAACCGGAACUGAGCACGGUUGCCCGCGAGACUUGUGUGAAGGAAGCGGUCAGUCUGUGAGGGUCUGAUUGGGGUGGGGAAUUCCACGCGCAGCGGCCGUUGGUGUGUGGGGCGCGCGCGGGAAGCCUCAGUCCCAUUGCUUGGGGGAGGGGAGCAGGGUUGCUAAGCUUCCCGGACUGUCUCGCGAUUAAAGAUUUAUCGCCAAGGUGCUGCUUUCUUCUCAAUGAUCACACUAGGUCUUGGAAUGAGUGAAUGACUGACAUGGAGGCUCGAUGCAUGGCUCAAACCCUGCAGGUGGUGGAUACAGAGUAUAGCGCAGAUGCUGUAGAGUGGUGCCCCAUUGACACAUGGCAUCAUGUACUCACCUGCGGUACUUACCAACUAAAGGAUCCCAAGGAGCAGGGUGCAGGAGACUCUGAAAGCAAUGAGCCCCAUUUAAGACAGGGGCGUCUUUACCUCUACUGUUUCAAUCAGGAUCAGCUUUAUUCUCCAUUAACAGAAGUACAGCGGAUUGAAAUGCCUGCAAUAUUAGAUCUCAAAUGGUGUCAUGUACCAGUGGCAGGGCAUCCUGUACUUGGCAUCGCAAAUGCUGAGGGAAGUCUGGAACUGUGUAAUCUGAUACCUUGUGAGAAAAACAGUUGCUCCUUGGAGUCAAUGUGUAGUGUUAGCAGUGGCCCAGAAUGCCUUGCUCUGUCCCUGGAUUGGUCAACUGGAAGAGAACAUAAGCCACUGAAAAUCAUCAGUAGUGACUCAAAGGGCUGCCUGAGCCUGUUGUCUGUGGAUUGUCAUAGAUCAGCACUCUCUGUGGUCUCUCGCUGGAAGGCACAUGACUUUGAGGCUUGGAUUGCAGCUUUCAAUUACUGGAACACAGACAUCGUUUAUUCAGGAGGAGACGACAGCAAACUCAAAGGCUGGGACAUGCGGAUGGGGACUGACAGACCAAUCUUUAUCAGCAAUAGGCAUUCAAUGGGAGUGUGCAGCAUCCAAAGUAACCCCCACAAACAACACAUCCUGGCUACUGGAAGUUAUGAUGAGCAUGUUCUUAUCUGGGAUUCCCGGCAGAUGAAACAGCCUCUGGCAGAUACUCAUGUCCAGGGAGGUGUCUGGAGGGUGAAGUGGCAUCCAACUCAGGAGCAUCUGCUGCUUGCAGCUUGCAUGCACAAUGGGUACCAUAUCCUGGACUGUGAGGGGAGACUCAGUGACUCUUUAGCAGCUGCAGGUGACAAGAGAAACCCCAUUCUUUAUUCCUACAUUUUGCACAACUCUCUGGCUUAUGGGGCGGACUGGUCGAGAGUAUCACUUGGUGUCCAGCCUACCACCGAACGUCGACCUGUGUCAUCUUCAGCUGAAACCCAGAGCAAAAGGGAAUAUGACCAAGGAGCAAAGGAAGUGGAGGUCAAGUUCCAGCACCUGAAGAUUCAGUAUGAGUCUCCCACUGGCUUAUUUGAUAUGGUUGUGGAAGAUGAGGUGGAUGAUUAUGGAGAUGGAUCUUCUGGCAGUUUGCAGGCCAGUGGUACCUCUCAAAGUCUUAAUAUGGACUCUGCAGUAGUUAAGCAGCAUAAUGCCGAGGCUGGUGUUAAUUGGAAUAAAAGUAAAGCCAGUCUUUUGGCAACGUGUUCUUUCUAUGACCAUAUCUUGCAUGUUUGGAGAUGGGAAAGAAGUAAUGUGUCUUCUAGUUAAUUUUUAAAAAAUUCAGAUUAUCAUUUAUAAAUUAUUAAUAGUUAUGCAAGUGACUAUUUUAAUGUGUGGGAGGGGAGCAAAGACUGACAGUUUAUUUGUAUUCUUUAGAAAUAUUACAGGGUUGGGCACUAUGUUAUGUAACAAAGAUGAAGUACUAUCCUAAUAUGAGUGGCAUUUCCUGAUCUUAGCUGCAGAGGUACUGCAGAAGGAGAGCAGAUAAAUACACUAUUAAUUGGUUAUUCAUAUAUAAGAAAUGAUACUUAAUGGGUUGGAAAAAAUCCAGAAUUAUUGUAUGAAUUGUAAUACAUAGUGCAUUAUAGUCUGAAAUCUCUCCAUAUUUUUGCUGUUGCCACUAUGCAUACCGAUGGAGGUUAAAAUCAAAAAUUGAUUGUGAGCGGUAUCUGGAAGACACCUAAAUCUCCAUCACCUAGGAUUCCUCCUUGUUUUUAUUUGUAACUUUAAAACAAGUUCUAGGUGUUGGUGUCAGACCUGCCUUAGUACCUCAGGCAAUAAUGCAUAAGGUGGUGCUUUAUAAACUUGUCUCAGACCAUGUCAGGUAGCUAGUAAAUUAUCCUUGUUCUCUGUUUUGUAGUGAGAUGAAAACCUAUGCAAUUGAACCUCCUUGUAACAAACCUUUUCCUUGGUCCUGUGGGCCUCAAUGUUCACUUAAAUCUCAGACCUCAGUUCUUGCUAAAAGCUGCUUAGGUAUUUCCUGGAAACCUAUAGUAGUCAGGUAUGACUAAGUUUAUUUUACUGAAGUAUUUAGUCAAAAACUAUUUUUAUCACAAUCUUUCUAUAACUGCCUUCAAUGAUUGUAUAAAUUGGUUUGUAAAUAUGUACAAACUUAAAUGAGCUCCAGAAUGUAAUUAAAAUGACACAUUUUAGAUAUUU